AUGUUCUCCGAGUACGCAUCCAGGUUUCUUGCUCAGUCUCAAUCCCGUCUUAGCUUUGCGCCGACGUCCGCAGACGACCGUCGGUCUGGUGAAGGUCGAGCAACAAGAAGACUAAACCAGACUUGGAGAUCAACAACCACUUCCAGGACGCUGAAUCCCCGCGUCCCGAACCCUUACCAGCCGACGUCGUCUCAGCUAUCGGCCUUUCCGUUCGCUUCUCGCCUGAACCCGCAACAGGCACCUUUAUUCUUCAGCGCUACCGACGAAUUCCGAGAAGAAAAUGACGAGGAGGAGCACGAACGAGAGAUAGCCGAUUAUUAUGCUCUCCAGAGAUCAAGGCGGCAAUUAGGGGCUAGUGACCUACAUGCUUCCUCCGAUGUCGAUGCUGGGAGUGGCUCCAGUCUCAAUGGCGCCAGUAGUCACGGAGAUGAUGCUCGAGAUCGAGGCCUGGGGAGACCUGGAGGUAUCAGGAGCUCAUGGCACGGCGGCGCGCCGAACCCACGACGGAAGGGAACAAACCUGGCGGACCUCGCAGAGUCAGCAGAAUCGCAGCCCGAGAGUUCUAGUCCAGUAUCGGAACCGAACCCGAUGGUCGACGUGGGAUUAGAAGACACUUUGAGGAGCGAAUAUGACGAUGACCCGCCAGAAGACUUGAUGGAGAAUCCCCCUUCAAUUCAACAACUGCGCAAACAAAGGCCAAAGGCAGACGACGAGUACGACUCAGAUGACUCAGACCAAGAAAACACGCAGAGACGACUGCUUGGACAUUCACGGAAUCCCUCUGGCGAAACUGAGUCUGUGCCAGAUGGCGUCCAGACACCGCAAAUCCAACAGCCGAGACAUGACGCUUUCUGGGGUCAGCUUUAUUGUCUUUCGGUUGCUGCCAUGUGUGCAACCUGGUUCCUCGUCUUGCUUCACACAGAGUCACCCAGCACCAACCGGCCGCUCGGUGACACCGUUUACACGACUUUGCAUGGAUCCUUUUAUCUGUUGGCGACAUAUACCCUUGUAGCGACUUUCAUUUCCCUGUUUUGGCUUGCAGCCCUCCGAUCAUACGUUCGAUAUCUGGUGUACGGCAUCCUGGUUGCAGUCCCGGUUAUUCUCUACUCCUUUUCUCUCUACCCGUUUAUUUCGAGUUUCCAAGGAUCAUGGCAUGGGUCAAGCUUCCAGGAUACCGUCAUGAGAUGGACCUCGCUCAUCCCUGCUAUCAUGGCCACCUUGUGGGUUCUGGCGGUCUUGAGGGGGCGGUUGGUCAUGCAAAAGGCGAUUUCCAUUCUGGAGUUCUCAACUCGAAUCCUCGCCGCAAACCCGACAUUAGUGUUGGUUGGUUUUGCCGUCCUGGGUUUCAUCGUCAGCUUCACGUGGAUUUGGUUGUCGAUGUUCGCAAGAGUGUUUCUCGGAGGCCAUCCGUCGACGCGGUCAACGAUCAGCAAAUUUGUGAUUGACACGUCAACUUGGUGGCUUGGAGUGUACUUCAUUCUUGUAUACCUUUGGACACUCACAAUUGCGUUUGGGAUGCAGCGUACCAUUACAUCGGCCACAGUCUCGCAGUGGUAUUUCCAUCGAUUGGCAAUACCCGCUCCGACAUCUCAAGCUAUUGUGAAAGCCGCAUUGCAACACUCGGCAACUACACUUUUUGGCACCAUCGCACUAUUCACUGGCUUAAGUCUUCUAGUCCGAUUACCGUUGAUUGUUCUGCCUCGGCGAUUGACGAUGCUGCUUGGAGUGGCGAUGUACUCAUUCAUCCCUAGUCCAAUCGCAGUCCUGAUUAAUCCGCUCACUCUUACCUACGCCGCAAUCCAUUCCCAGCCUCUGGCUGUGAGCGCCCGAGGACUUUCGCAGAUGCAUUUCCUGGCUCCUAAUGACGCCACGACAGCCUUACACCCAGGUACGUUCAGUCGUCACCGGAGAAACGACGGUUGGUCUAAUGACUCCGCCCCUCUUCUUCCGUAUCGACUGGCCAAGCUCCUCCUCCAUGCGACAAGGUUUAUCAUGUCUUUGGCGCUGGGCUUCGGUGGUUGGGUCACUACAGCACGGACUCUCAGGCUGGACGGGGCUGGGGUUCGCGGCAGUCUCUACGCCUACAUAGUCGGGCUUGUUGCAGGAGCCAUAGGAUGGAGCAUUCUAGGUGCAAUGGAAGGAGUCCUGGCCUGCAUCGUUGACGCAGUGGUGGUAUGCUGGGGUAGCGAAGUGGGCAGCACCGGGACUGGAGAGGUGCGGUAUUGCAGGGAGGCAGGCAACCUGUUCCGUGAUGAUGUGGACACUCCUGGUGGUCGCAUCAAUCUGGUAUGA